AUGAGUACCAUCAAGAAUAAUACCAUUGACACUAACAGUGACAAAUGGGAUAUAGUAAUAUCCUCUUUACAAGAUAUAUAUAAUGCUAAUGAAGUUAUACCUUUUGACUAUCAAAAGAAUCAAAACAAAGGUUAUUAUUUAGAACAUAAAGAGAAUAUAGUAAGAAGUAAGAGAAUAUUAAACGAAGUAUUGGAAAACUUAAAUGAUAUAAUUUCUUGUAGUAAUAAUCAUCCAAGGGAUAUCAGUACCAAGAAUAAUGACGAAAUAAUCGAGGGUAACGGUGCAAAAACUGAUGCUGUGCUCGUUAACACUUCCAGUAAUAAUAUAAGUAACACAAAUACUAGCAAUAAUUUCAACCCAAUACCAUCUAGGUAUGGCAGUAGAAGAGGCAUUACAAGAACUAAGUCAGGUAAAAUUGAAAAGUUACCACCAUUAAGUAAUAACACAGGCAGCAGUACGGUAAAAAACAAAGAUGACACUAAAAUCAGUCACGAAAAUGCAGAUAUGAAAAAUAAUACUAAUAAUAAUAAUGGCAGUAAAACUAUUAAUGGUGUUACUAAUGUUCAUAAUGCGUUAGAUUUUGCAAACACAAAUACUAGAACGGGUAGGAGAUACUGGAUUAGUGAAUAUAAUCCCAAAGAACCAAUAGUAUUAGGAUCGCAAGUGGGUUAUAAACCAAGUAAGAAAAAUUCACCGAUUACAGACUGGUUUCAAUGUGAAGUUGUUAAAAUUAGUGCUGAUGGUACAAAGUUUGAGGUUAGAGACCCUGAGCCAGAUGAGUUUGGCAAUAAGGGAAGAGUGUACCGUUGUACUUGGAAAGAAAUUAUAUUGAUACCAGAUAUUAGUAAAAGUAAAAACGGUUCACUACGCAAUUAUCCCAAAAAUAAAAAAGUUUUGGCUAGAUAUCCUGAAACAACAACGUUUUAUCCAGCAGAGGUUUUGGGUGUAAUAAAUGAUGGUUAUAAUGGUGUGAUGUGUAGGUUAAGGUUUGAAGGGGAAGAAGAAGUCAAUAAAGAAACCUUAGUAGAAAGAAGGUUGGUAUUACCAUAUCCUGAUAGACAUCAUCUGUAA